CGCAUAUUUUAUCUUAAGGUUUAAAGCUUUUAGACAGGGUCAAUAAUAAAUACCUAUUAUUUAAAUAAUUAAAUGCUUUGAAUUAUAAUUUAAUUAAUUAAAUACUCAAUAAUGGAUUUACUUGUUAUUUAUUUAGCCCAUAACUCGUAGUGAUUGUGUUCUUUACUCGACCAAUGUUAAAAUAAUAUUUUUUUUAGUAAAAAUGUAUGUCAUCAUGUUACGUACUGUAUUUUUAUUGAAUUUGUGCGUGGCAACAUGUUUUACCACUGAAAUAGCUGACAAUGAUUGGAUAUUCACUUUUAACAAUACAGAAGAAGAGUUGGAAAUGGGCAGCUUUACAAAAAUGGUAUUCUAUGCACAGACAAAUGCAUCCUGGGAGAACGAAAAUUUACAACUUCAAGUAAUCAGUUCUGACGAAAAUGUAGCAUAUCCUAGUAGACAUUUUUUUGAGUUACCACAAAAUAAUUCCUCGCCAUCAAGCUUGUGGGAAAAUUCUUUUAACUUAACUUCUGAAUUUCUUGGGUACACAAAAUUGUACUUUCAAGUAGUAAAAUUUGAAAAUAAUACAAUGCUAGUUUUAAAUUCAAGCAAUUCUCAUAUGAACAUCAAAGUAAUUCGAAAACCACAACUGAUUGAUAAGAUAUUUGUCAUUUGUGUUGCUGUUUUGAUGACCAUAAUAUUUAUUAACUUAGGAUGUGCUCUAGAUGUGGAACAACUUAAACAUUCAGUUAGAAAACCAAUAGCUCCUGCAGUUUCAUUUUUUGCUCAGUUCUUAAUCUUACCAAUAUUAAGUUUUUUUUAUGCCAAACUUAUAUUUCCAAAUUCAGUUUCAAUGCAAUUGGGUUUAUUUUUUACGGGAAUAAGUCCUGGUGGAGGUGCAUCUAGUGUAUGGUCGCUUCUUUUAGAUGGCAAUAUAAAUCUCAGCAUUGUCUUGACAACUGUUGGAACACUAGAAUCAUUUAUUAUGAUACCAUUUUGGAUUGUGUUUCUUGGUAAACGUAUCUUUUCUGUGGGUGAAAUGCCUGUUCCUUAUUCCAGAAUUGGAUUCUCUAUUAUUGCAUUAAUUAUUCCUUUGUGUAUCGGAUAUUGUAUUCAGCGUCUUAUGCCUAGAGUAAGUCGAGUUAUGACUCGUAUACUAAAGCCAUUGUCUAGCUGUUUGAUAAUAUUUAUAAUUAUCUUUGCCACAGUCACUAACUUAUACCUGUUCAAAAUAUUUUCUUGGAAAAUCAUUUUAGCUGGUGCAGUGAUACCAUGGACAGGUUAUUUGAUAGGAUUAUUAACAUCUAUCUUAGCAUGUCUACCUAAACCUGAUAUAAUUUCUAUGACAGUUGAAUCUGGUAUACAAAACACUGGUAUUGCCAUAUUUAUGUUAAAAUUUUCUCUGGGACAGCCAGCCGCAGAUAUAACAACUGUUAUACCAGUUGCUGUUGCAUUGAUGACCCCCAUACCCUUAUUAAUGGGUUUUAUUAUAAAAAAAUGUUUUGGAAAAAAGGAUGAAAUCGUCAAUAUUCAAGAUCCAGCAACUGAAUCAAUGCUAGACAAAAGAGAACCUGAAGUUCUAUCAGCAAAUUCUGAGAAUGAAAAUAAACAAGCUUAAGAAUAAGACUAUUAUAUCACACAAUGUUAGUUACUCUGUUAAUAUUUUAUUUUUUUGUUUAUGAAUUGUAAAUGUUUUUUUUUUUACAAUAAAAAUUUCUG